CUCGAUGGCAAAGGAAAGUUGGGUUUUCUUACAGGUGAUGUUUCGGUGCCUGCAACAACACAUUCUAAUUACAGGUUUUGGAAAUCUGAAAACUCUUCUAUUAUUGUCUGGCUUAUUAAUACUAUGGAGAUAGGUAUGAGGAAAACAUACAUGUAUCUGCCUACAGCAAAAGAUGUUUGGGAUGCUGUAAAACUGUCUUACUCUGAUAUUAAAAGUUUCUCUCAAAUUUAUGAUCUAAAAUCAAAGUUAUGGAACUUAAAGCAGAAUGACAAAGAUGUCGCUACCUACUAUAAUGAAUUGAUGGCCCUUUGGCAAGAGUUGGAUCAGUGCUAUGAUUAUAACUGGAGGUGUACUGAAGACAGUGUUCAAUUUACUAAGACACAGGAGAACGACCGAGUCUUUAUUUUCCUUGCUGGUCUCAACAAAGAACUCGAUGAAGUAAGGGGUAGAAUUCUUGGAAAUAAUCCGCUGCCAACUAUCCGAGAAACAUUUUCAGAAAUCAGAAGGGAAGAGGCUAGACAAAGAGUGAUGAUGGGAAAGUCAAACUCAACAACCGACGGUUCAGCCCUUGUCACAAACAACUUCAAUAAAGACAGCAAGAAAUAUGGUAAGAAAGAUGGUAAACCCUGGUGUGAUCACUGCGAACGUUAUUAUCACACACGUGAGACUUGCUGGAAAAUUCAUGGAAAGCCUCCUAAUUGGAAGAAGAAGGGUGAGGGUCGUGCACUUCAAGCAACUUCUGAUCAAGAGCCACAAUCUUCCCCAAAUGCAUUUCCAUUCACUAAGGAACAGCUAGACCAAAUGUACAAACUCCUUGAGUCUCAAACACCUUCGUGCUCCAUAGCCCAGAAAGGAUUUGAUCUCGGGGAGGGUGAUUGGCACUGCUGAGAAAAAUGGUGGACUCUACUACUUGGAAGAUGAACCAAAAACCAGACAUCAAUCUGGA